CACUACAUUACUUCCUAACUCGUAAUUCAUUUGCUAUGGUUUAGAAAUGUCAUGUCAAACAAACAAAAUCGGGCAAAUGUGUGUGUUUGCAGUACGAGUAAAAAUAUUCAUGAUGUUUAUUCAAUAAAGAAAAUUUACUUAGAUUUACAUAUUCCGCAGGCGAAUGCUACCCAUGUAGUUGCUUUUCAGACGCAGUCUCGAAACGCACGGCGCUAACAAAGGUAGUGCCAUGAGUUCUGUUUACUAUAACGGGGCCAACGAUAGACUUAUCCAUGAGGCCGAUCAAUUGAUAUCGUACUUGGAAAGGGGGUCUCCUGUACUGAAGUUUUAUCCGCGAAAAAGACCUGAACGUCGCACACUGUCUGUGCGUCGGGAAACACAUCAAAUUAUUUUAUUCAGAAAUGGAAGUCCUCAGCGACAUGCUCUCGAAGGCACCUUGGAUGUAAGAGAUAUAAAGGAAGUUAGAAUCGGUAAAUCAUCGAAAGACUUUGAACGAUGGCCCGAAGAAACAAAGAGAAUAGAAAAUUUGAAAUGCUUUACAAUUUAUUAUGGUACCGAAUUCAAAUUGCGCUCGGUUUCUUUUGUUGCUCAAACGGACAAGGAAUGUGAAACAUGGGUGAAGGGAAUUAGGUUUCUAGUAGAGGAAGCUGUAACUACACCAUACCCACUACAAAUUGAUAGAUGGCUACGAAGAGAAUUUUAUUCAAUAGAGAACUCAAAUGAAAAGUUAACUCUUAAAGAAAUUAAGGCAUUCUUGCCUAAAAUCAACUGCAAAAUAUCAACAACCAAAUUACGCGACAUAUUCCAAGAAGUGGACACUGGUAAACGCGGCGAAAUUGGAUUCGAUGAUUUUUCAUUUCUCUAUCACAGAUUAAUCUUUGACGAAAAUAAUGUUCAUGAUAUAUUUGACAAAUACUCGCUUUAUUGUGAAAAUGGUACGACAAUAACUUUACACGAAUUCCAAAAGUUCUUAAUAGUGGAACAACAUGAUAAAUUAGGAGAAGAUGAAGCUAAAACAUCACAGCAUAUCAGAGAUUAUUUGCGUGAUCCACAGAGAGAUAUUUCUGAACCCUGUUUAACGUUGAACGAAUUCAUCGAAAUGUUGUUUUCGAAACAUAAUUCAAUUUGGGACAGCCGACAUAAUCAGGUGACUCAAGAUAUGACAAAACCAUUAUCCCAUUACUGGAUAUCAUCAUCCCACAAUACAUAUUUAACUGGAGAUCAGUUCUCAAGCGAAUCUUCGCUGGAGGCAUAUGUACGGUGCUUAAGAUCUUGCUGCCGUUGCAUAGAAUUAGAUUGUUGGGACGGACCUGAUGGUAUGCCAUUCAUAUACCAUGGACAUACAUUAACAACGAAGAUAAGAUUCAUGGAUGUUCUUAAAACAAUAAAGGAGCAUGCUUUUGUGGCCUCUGAUUAUCCACUUAUCUUAUCGAUUGAAGAUAAUUGCUCGUUACCACAACAGAGACGUAUGGCGAGUGCAUUCCAAGAUGUAUUUGGUGAUAUGUUGCUUGUCCAACCGAUUGAGAAAAACGAAACAUGUCUCCCAUCGCCAUAUGAUUUGCGUCGGAAGGUAAUUUUGAAGCACAAGAAACUGCCCGAUGGUGCUGAGGAGAAUUCAUUCGCAGUACGCCUAGAAGAAGGCAAAGAUAUGGAUUUGAGGAAUACAAUUAAAAAUGGUAUACUGCUAUUGGAAGAUCCGGUUGAUAAAGAAUGGAAUCCACAUGCGUUUGUGCUUACUGAGAAUAAGCUGUAUUAUACAGAGAACUACAGUGCACCGAGUGAAACUGAUGUUGAUAGUGAUGGUGAACCAGAUAUGGACCCUAAUUGCAUACCCGAGGAUGAAUUGCACUUUGGUGAGUGUUGGUUUCAUGGGAAAUUGACUGGCAACAGACAAGAAGCUGAAGAUCUUCUGAAAGCGCAUGCACAUCUUGGUGAUGGCACAUUUCUUGUGAGGGAAAGUGUGACAUUUGUUGGCGACUACUGUUUAUCAUUCUGGAGACAAGGCAAAGUGAAUCAUUGCCGUAUAAAAUUGAAGCAAGAAAGGGGGAUAACUAAGUAUUAUCUUAUUGACACAAUUUGCUUUGAAAGCCUCUACAGUUUGAUUACACAUUAUAGACAGCAUUCACUUCGCAGUCAGGAGUUUUUUAUAACACUGAAAGAUCCCGUACCACAACCAAAUAAGCACGAAGGUAAAGAUUGGUACCAUCCGCACUGCUCAAGGGCACAGGCUGAAGAACUGUUAAGAAAAGUUAAUAUUGACGGUGCUUUCCUCGUUAGACCGAGUGAAAAAGAAAAUGGUUCCUAUGCUAUCAGUUUUAGGACAGAGAAGGAGAUUAAGCACUGCAGAAUAAGAGUGGAAGGGAGAUUGUACACUAUAGGCACGGUUAAGUUUGAGAGCCUUGUUGAGUUGGUGUCAUACUAUGAAAAGAAUCCAUUGUACAAAAAAGUCAAGCUCUCAUAUUCCAUCAGUGAGGAAGCAAUAAGAAGAAUAAUAGCUGAGCCAGAUGACAGUUCAGUGUAUGGAACACCAGGUUACAUGGAUCCUACGUCAUUUACCUCAAGGGUAACAGUGAAGGCGUUGUAUGACUACCGUGCGAGACAAGACGACGAGCUGUCGUUUUGUAAACACGCGAUAAUAACGAACGUGGACAAACCUGACGAAGGUUGGUGGCGAGGUGACUACGGAGGGAAACGUCACCAUUGGUUCCCCGCAAAUUACGUCGAAGAGGUAGAUGUACCUCAUUUACCAGAAAUCGCUGGUUGUGCGGAUGCUGAGAACCCUGCGUUAGGUUCCCUUCAGCAAGGAGUUGUUGAUGUAUUGGGUGCGGUGGUCGAGCUGGUGGUUGGUGAGGAGAGUGGUGCUGCUCGUUGGCUGGUCAGGGUCCAGACCCCCACAAUGUGUUCUCCCUUUGAUAUGGCCGCACCAACCAGAGAAUCAGCACUGGAAUGGCUUGCUGCCAUCAAGGAAGCCGCUCAUAGCGCUGGCGCCAGAUCCUUACAAAACAGGAAAAUGGAACGCACAUGGAGAAUCGCCAAAGAAAUGUCUGAUCUCAUCGUAUACUGCCGUUCAGUGGCAUUCAAUGCUGAUAAAUUAAAAAGUAAAAAUUUCGUCUUCAACGAAAUGUCCUCAUUCCCAGAAACCAAAGCGGAACGAUUCAUGUGCCAACAGGAGGCUUCUCAGGCGUAUUUCCUCAAAUACCACACGAUCCAACUGAGCCGGAUCUAUCCUAAAGGACAAAGGAUCGAUUCAUCUAACUAUAAUCCCAUUCCAUUCUGGAAUGCCGGUUCUCAGAUGGUGGCAUUAAACUAUCAAACACCGGAUAAAGCGAUGCAAGUGAAUAUGGGAAAGUUCAAAGAGAACGGAGGUUGCGGUUAUAUACUGAAACCGGAGUUUAUGUUCGAUGAGAGAUAUACUCCUCAAGAUAGACGGUGUGUUGAGAGGAAAGUGAAGCCAGUGACUGUCAUGCUGCGAGUUAUUGCGGCAAGACAUCUUUGCAAAUCUGGGCGAGGUACAGCCAGUCCUUUCGUCGAGGUGGAGAUUAUUGGCGCUGAUUAUGACAGUGGCGUCAAGUUGGUCACCAAAACUGUCACUGACAACGGAAUCAACCCGAUAUGGAACGACAUAUGCGAAUUCGACGUCGCGAACCCCGAUUUGGCUCUGAUUCGUUUUUUAAUUCAAGACGAGGAUAUUUUUGGGGAUCCAAAUUUCAUUGGACAAGCGACGUAUCCACUGAAAUGUUUACGCACCGGAUAUCGCAGCGUCAUAUUGACCAACGGUUACUCUGAAGAAUUGGAAUUAUCUUCACUUCUCGUGCAUAUAACUAUUAUGCCGAGUCGCUUACUUUCUUUGCCUUAACACAUCGAAUGCCGCAGACACGCAAGACCGAAAAAAACACGGCGUAGAAUUUGUUAAUUUUAAACUGGCAACUAAUAUUAAUGCUUUAUUUUAUUAUGUUCCUCACAAGUAAUCUACAAACUCCACUGGUACUACUUUCCUAUUGAAAUUAAGUGCAAAUCUAUUGAAAAAUGUAGUAUGCAUACGCUAAUUGAAUCCUAUUUACGUAUUUUUUAAACUACUUUAUAAUUUCAUUAUUUUACACUGUAAUUUAAGCGUAGAUUUUUUAUUACAUUUUUUUAAAGGAUAUUUUUAUGAAAUAAGCAUCUUCUACAUAUUUCUCUAUUGAGAAUAAACUAUACAUUUUUAAGAUUUCAUUUAUGAUAAUAAUUCUCGAAUUUCGAAUCUUUAUUAAAUGCAUUUAACUGAGGUAUGCAACUUACAAUAUAUAUCUAUAUAUACUUAAAAAAAAUAACAAGGCACUGCGAUUAGGUAGCUUAUAUUUGAGUCAAAACGUGAGUUAAAGUUUUGUGCUUAGCUUUUAGUUGUAAUAUUUCUCCUAAAUUGAAUAUUGCAUAUAAAACUAUUUUAAUAUCAAAUUCGCGUUAUUAACGUGAUAUUAUUCACAUUAUUAAUAUAAUUAGUGCCUCACUGAACUUUAAAACGUCAUUCUAUUGCAAUGAUAAAUGAAUUUAUAUAAAUUAGAUCGUUAGACUUGAUAGUUGAGACUGAAUAACUAUGAAAGUAAUAAAAUAAACGCACAAUAAGCAAAAGUAUACUAUUGAGACUGAAAAGUUGUAACAAAAUACAUCACAUUCGAUGUUUCCCGUUGGGCCGAUCAGCAAUACAAUAAGCUCAAAAGGAAACCUUUUUACUUUUAAAUCUUUUUAAAUUAUAAAUUUUUUUUCAUAUUUCUGCGUAUCUACAUCACAAUUUUUAAUGCAAAUAUAAAUUUUUGGGUCUGUAUGUUAGAAAUAAUGCAUUUUUAUAUUAUAGUGCUAUUUUCACAUUAUAAAGUCGACCUAACAGUAUUUUGUCUUACAAUUUUUGCUAUUUAUCUUUAUAAUUAUGAUGUUACAAUUUUAAAAUGUUGAAAAUGUAGAAUAGUUAUACUUCUGGUUAAUAAAUCGUUUUUAAAAUAAUUGUAUUAAGCCACAAAAAUAGUCCUAUAAGGAUCUUAUGGAGUUUUGUUAACUUUAAAAGGGGGGCUGCUAGUUUUUAGUUUUAGUAAGCAAAGAUUACCAACUUCUUACAAAAUUCUCCAUAUUAACAAAACCAAAUUAUAUGAUAAUGAUUUGCAAAUUAUUAUUUCUGUAGUUCUUAUUAUAUAUUUAAAUUGAUACUUCACAAAUUAAUGCAGUUUUAAUUUUAUCCAAGCAAAUACGAGGUGCAUUUAUACAUUUUUGUUCAGUAUUAGUUCUUUUUGGAAUUUCAGUUAAAAAUUACAUUCACCCGUGCAGUUGCCGCUCCCUCAUUGGUCAAAAUAUGAUGCUUUCAAAAUUAUUUAGUUUACAAAAUUGCCAACUGCCAUAAGAUCCUUGUAUGUCUAUAUAAGUUGGAUAAAUUUAUAAUGUUAAUGAUUGUGUGUAACACGUUUACAACAUGACCUCUCCUUAACCUUUAAUAAUUCAACAAUAUAUUUAUAUACGUGUUUAUGUAUUGUAGUUUCACAAUUGUUAUGACAUGGUAAAUCACAAUUUAUAACAAAUGAAUAAUCACAAAUAUUCACAAAUAUGAGUAUAAUUUGAAUCUUCUUGAUCCAUAAAUAAAUAAUGUUUUAAUACCUUAUACAGGGUGAUUCUUAACGGACGGAUCAACGGUUUAGUAGACUUAGAGGACCUCAAUAGGUAUCGUUUUAGCGCAAAGUAUGUUGCUUAAUUUCCUAUAGUUUUGAAGUUAAUUAUUUUUUUGUAAAAUAAAUCUGAAAAAUCUGAUUUCCGACAAAAAAUAGCCCGUACGUCCAAAAUAAUGUGUUAACAGUGGUGAUUUCUUCCUUUAAUAAGCCUAAUAAUUGGGCUUUAGUACCACUGUCCCUUUUUUGGAUUAACUCACACGAGAACUAAAUAACAAAUGGUUAUUGAAAAUUUUCUUCAAACAAAAUUUCUUUCUACGCACGUCUGCAGUACACCGUCACAGCGGCUACCAGCCUCGCGUCAUUUAAAGACAAGCUUAAGUCAUGGCUAAUACAAAAAAGUCUUCUAUAGUGUCGAAGAUUUUUUCCUACCAUGAUUGUUUUAUAUAUAAUGUUCACUCAAAAUAUCUGUUAAGUUUAAUAUUCUGACUUGUAAUUCGCUUACCAAUAAAAUAUUUGAAUUUGUGGCUAUUGUGGUCAUCUAACUCCACUUAACCGUUGAUCCGUCCGUUAAGAAACACCCUGUAUACCAAUUCUAUUUUAAGUAUAAUUCUUAAUAUUUAAACACGCUAAAUACCAUCGACUUGUCUCGCGAGUUGUCUUUCAUACGUAAAAAUGGUAUUGGCAUGUUACGUGUUAUUAUAAGCGUAUAGUAUUAAAUAUACAAAAGCGUAUUAUCACUACGUAAAAUAUAAUUUUAUGGAGUUAUCACAUAAAUUAGUUUUUAAAACUGAACAAAAAUGAUCAACAAUUUUCAAACGUACACAAGUUUCUUUAUUAUUCGUAGAUGUUUCUAAGAUAUUAUUAGAUAGAAUAUAUAUUUAGACAUAUAGAUGAAAAAUAAUAGCAUAAUAUACGACUGCAAAUUGUGUUAAGAUUAUAUAAUUUGUGUUACAAAUAUUGUUAGACAUCAGUGGUUUUAUAGGAUUUCUAUAAAUAUACACAUUUCUAUAAAGAUACAUCAUUGUUCGGCAUUAACUGGCAUGCCAGUAGCAAGUAGUAGUAAAACAGUUAAUUCGAUCCCAUUAUAGUUUGUCUAAAUAAGGUAGAUUAGUUUGACAAUUCGUUUGACAAUUUAGUAGGGAUGGUUGUGAUAAACCAAGCAUGAAUCUUUUUGAUUUUUAGUCUCAUAGAAGUUAGAGUCGAUAAAUUCCAAGUUAUACCUUUUGAUU